CUAUCUGUCUAUCUGUUUGUCUGUCUGUCUUGUCUGUGUGUCUAUGUGUCUGUCUGUCUGUGUGUUUGUCUGUCUCUGUCUAUUUGUGUGUUUGUCUGUUUGUUUGUUUCUUGUUUGUCACACAGCCGGUUACUCCACAUCGAACAAACACAAUUCUUUUCCAGAGGCUCCACAAAUAGCCGUUGCCCCAACUGCCCCCACAACAGUCAAUUAUGGUGCUGAAAUCUUCUUGCAAUGUGCUGCUACUGGCAUCCCUACACCACAGAUCACGUGGCUGAGAAACUCCCAAGAGCUCAAGUUUGACGAUAAUCGUCGUUCAAUUGACAUCGACAACGUGACUGAAAGUCUUAAUGGACGGCCAGUCGAUGUGAUAUCUAACCUCAUGAUCAGGAAUAUCACUGAUGAGGAUGAUGGUGUGUACAAGUGCAAUGUCAGCAAUAGUCAAGGAUGGACGAGUGCAACAGUGAGGGUAAAGGUUGAUGUGGCAGAGGCUCCACAAAUAGCCGUCGCCCCAACUGCCCCCACAACAGUCAAUUAUGGUGCUGAAAUCUCCUUGCAAUGUGCUGCUACUGGCAUCCCUACACCACAGAUCACGUGGCUGAGAAACUCCCAAGAGCUCAAGUUUGACGAUAAUCGUCGUUCAAUUGCCAUCGACAACGUGACUCAACGUCUUAAUGGACGGCCAGUCGAUGUGAUAUCUAACCUCAUGAUCAGGAAUAUCACUGAUGCGGAUGAUGGUGUGUACAAGUGCAAUGUCAGCAAUAGUCAAGGAUGGACGAGUGCAACAGUGAGGGUAAAGGUUGAUGUGGCAGAGGCUCCACAAAUUGCCGUUGCCCCAACCGCCCCCACAACAGUCAAUUAUGGUGCUGAAAUCUUCUUGCAAUGUGCUGCUACUGGCAUCCCUACACCACAGAUCACGUGGCUGAGAAACUCCCAAGAGCUCAAGUUUGACGAUAAUCGUCGUUCAAUUGUCAUGGACAACGUGACUCAACGUCUUAAUGGACGGCCAGUUGAUGUGAUAUCUAACCUCAUGAUCAAGAAUAUCACUGAUGCGGAUGAUGGUGUGUACAAGUGCAAUGCCAGCAAUAGUCAAGGAUGGACGAGUGCAACAGUGAGGGUAAAGGUUGAUGUGGCAGAGGCUCCACAAAUUGCCGUUGCCCCAACUGCCCCCACAACAGUCAAUUAUGGUGCUGAAAUCUCCUUGCAAUGUGCUGCUACUGGCAUCCCUACACCACAGAUCACGUGGCUGAGAAACUCCCAAGAGCUCAAGUUUGACGAUAAUCAUCGUUCAAUUGAUGUCAACAACGUGACUGAAAGUCUUAAUGGACGGCCAGUCGAUGUGAUAUCUAACCUCAUGAUCAGGAAUAUCACUGAUGAGGAUGAUGGUGUGUACAAGUGCAAUGUCAGCAAUAGUCAAGGAUGGACGAGUGCAACAGUGAGGGUAAAGGUUGAUGUGACAGGUAGGAAUUUCUGAUUUGGUGUCUUGAUUUGUAUUGUGUUUGUCUGGUGUAACAGCAGAUAGACAUGUAUAGGCGUGAAAGGCAGACAGACAGUGUGUUUGGACAGAACUGGACAGAACGAA